AAAACAAUGAAUAAGAAAAAAAGGAUCGAGCUUUCUUAAAAAUAUUUGGUUUUACCUUUGCUCGCCAUCUUGGCAAAUUUCAACUGGCAAUGUCCAGUUCUUUCUUUCCUACCGCAUUCACUGCCACAUCAGCACUCAAUUCAUCCGCACUUUCAUCCGCCAUUUCCACCGCCAAUGCAACUAGUAUCAUACCUACUUCAACCACCACCCCAUCCGUCACGGAAGCAGCAACUCUGUCAACCACAAGCUCAGUGGCAACAGCAACAACCACCUUUAAUCCAUCAGAUUGUAUCUUACAGCCUUAUGAGAGUAAUUGUUUUAAUGUCACUGGAUCAACGGUGAAUUCUGCUCAAAACGUGGCCGGAUUGUCUGCACAGAUGAUCACUUGUACGUCUGUGGGAGUCUUGUGUUUUUUGAUCUUUUGCGCACUGCGAACGCGAUGGACCAUUCUCUACCAACCACGUUUACAUAUGAAACGUCAUUCUCCUCCAAACUUACCCAAAAGCCUUUUCGGUUGGAUUAUACCUUUGAUUCGUAUAUCGCACGAAGAAGUUUUGGAAAAGGUCGGCAUGGACGCUGUGGUGAUGCUUCAAUUUCUGCUGAUGGCCUUUAAGCUGUUUGCUUUCUGCAGCUUUUUUGGGGUUACAGUCUUAGUGCCCAUCUCAGUCUCAGUCAGUCAUGUAGCGAAGGAUGACCCAUCUGCAUUAACCAUCAUUGCUGUGGAGGAUUCGGAAAGAUACAUGAUAGCUUACUUGAUAUUUACAUAUCUGUUCAGCUUUGUCUCAUUUUGGCUCAUGUAUGGAAACUACGACGCAUAUAUUCGACUUCGGAGACAGUAUCUGAUCCGCAAUAAGAAGGCUCUAAGCGUCAGAACCGUCAUGGUGACUGGAAUACCCAAAGCGUUACGAAGCGACCAAAAACUCGCAGAGUAUUUUGAGGAUCUUGGCCUUGGUGCAGUUGAAUCGGUUCAUGUUGUACGCCGCGUCAAAAAUCUACGAGCUGGUGUGGAACGCCGUGGAGGGUAUUUGCGAAACCUUGAAAGUGUGUAUGCUAAAUAUUGGGGUAAUCCUGUUCAAGAUCCAAAUUAUGACCCUGACAGCAUACUGGACGAAGCCGAGAUGGUAGAGCGCUCUGAUCACGUAAAGCAAAAUACCAAUGUUCCUUUUAUUGUCAAAAAGAAAGAACGCCCUACCACCCGUACCGGCUUUUGGGGAUUGUGGGGACAAAAGGUCGACGCCAUAGACUACUACACCGAAAAAUUCACCUCGGAAGAUGACAAAGUCAACGAAUUACGUGCAAAGGUUGACUUUGACCUCAGCUCAGUUGGAUUUGUCACCUUUGAAAACAUUGUUGGAGCUCAACUGGCCGCUCAAGUCUUGGUCGAUGGUCAACCUUUCAAGAUGAGAACGAAGCUGGCCAAAGAACCCCGCGAUGUAUACUGGAAGUCGAUCUUGAUCCCUGGUCGUAUAAAAAUUAUUCGCGUAAUCAUCGCUUGGAUUAUUUUGCUGUUCAUUGCUAUUUUCUGGGUUGGACCAAUUGCCCUUCUUUCUCUUUUAACCAGUCCCCAAACACUGGUGAAAAUUGCCCCCGGACUUGUUAACAAUCAAAAUCCCAUUGUUCAAGCUAUCUUCCAAGGAAUUUUACCGCCUCUGGCCGUUAAUAUUUUCAUGGCCUUAAUGCCGUUGAUUCUGGAUGCCCUUGGUCAACUUCAAGGAAUCUCAUCCAGAAGUGAUUUAGCAGACGCAACUCUUAGCAAAUAUUUCUUCUUUCUAUUGCUUAAUGUUUUGCUGGUGUUCACUUUCUUCAGUUCCCUUGGCAAAACUAUCCAAAGUAUCAUUAUGAAUCCAUCAUCGGUUGCUAAUUUGUUAGCUUCGUCACUUCCUCAGGUCGCACCGUUCUUUGUCAACUAUGUUAUUUUGAAAGGAAUUAUGUUAACACCACUGGAGCUACUUUUGAUUGGAUCUAUCUUUGUUCGCGGAUUCAAUUACCUCUUCCUAUGCAAAACGCCUAGAGACUAUGCGGAAGCAAGAGCUCCCCCAACCUUCUCGUAUGGAUGGUCAUAUCCCAACUCUCUCUUAGUUUUCGUCAUUGUUAUGGUAUAUUCGACCAUCUCACCUUUGAUUCUACUCUUUGGAAUGACUUAUUUUGGCCUUCAAUACUUUGUUUACAAGUAUCAAUUCCUCUAUGUUUACUUUACUCCUUAUGAAACGGCUGGAGGAGCAUGGCCAAAUGUGUUUCCAAGACUGUUAGUUGGCAUGAUUAUUUUCCAACUGACCAUGACAGGACUUUUCUUCCUCAAAACUUACAUUGUCCUUGGCGCUCUCUGUGUUCCGUUGAUCGCGUUGACCAUUUUGUACUGGGUUGUAAUGCACAAGGCAUACUAUCGUAGUUCCAAGUCGUUACCGCUGCAAAUCUUGAAGGAAGAUAUGAUGACGCUUCCAACUCACGUCGAUAUACAAGAUGUAUUGAGUAAUCGAAAGAAAACAAAUCGACCACCAAGUCUUUUAAGUGUUUCUUCUGUGCAGGAAAAAGAUCAGAAGGACGGUCCCAGCGUUACAUUGCGCGACGCGACUCCUUAUCAAGAGGAGACGCUUAGGGACGACCCACCGAUUCGAAUUGGUUCAGACGGCGCCCUUCCUAGAGAUAAUGAACCCGUACGAAAGCCGUCCAGGCUCAGGAAGCGAAUUGCACUUGAUUUCGAUGACUAUGAAGCUGUCCCUGAUAAACUGACAGACUAUCGACAACCUCCGCAGAGUUUAAAUAGCGGUAUCCUUGACACAGGCUUAAGACGCUAUGGUAAUCCUGCUUUGGUCGGAGUACUACCGCAGCUAUGGCUUCCUGUUAAAGCAACAACAGGCGAUCAGCCUGCUACUCAACAACGACCAAAAUACCGUCCAAGAAGAAGUUCGGGUCAUAUCCCAGCUGCAUUGUCAAAUAUUGUGAAACGUGCCGAGUCUGCACGUAAAGCAGUAUCGGGAAAAGCAAGAACAGUGCGAAGACCACGACGAAAGGCGGCUGUUCAAGUCGCAUCGGCAGAAAAUGUCGAUGGCCAGCAACCUUUAGCUGGUUCUGAAGAAGGUCCAACAGAACCAAAAAUACCCAUUGAUCAAGCCUCUCACCUAACAGCCAGUGGCACUUAUCCAACUAUCAAUGUUGAGGAAUACCACGACGCAAACGAGGAAAACACAGAUCGAUAUUCCAUGCUUUCGAGACAAGAGCACCCUAUUGAGGAGGAAGAGGCUCCUCGCGGGGAAGAACACGAUGAUGAUGAUACUACGGGUGGAGACGAUAACGACGAUUCUGACCAGGAAGCUCCCGAAAUUCAUAAAACAUACUAUCAUCAUCCUGAGAGACACCAUUCCUCCAACAAUAUCGCCAAAAAUUCUCAAUCAUAGAUAUACCCUCCUGAUUGAACGUAUACCAAAAUGGUUCUAGAUUUUGAUUUGAUGUUAUCUAAUGUAAAUAUACCGUAUACCUCUUGAUCCUUCUUGCUCACAAAUAAACAUGUGUUAGAAAAUAUAUUGCGAA